AUGGUUGUUCAAUCGGCUUUGAUAGACUCAUUCUCAAAAAGUCUCAGAUUUCGGGAUGCUUAUAAGGUGUUCCGUGACACUUCAUCUGCUAAUGCGUAUUGUUGGAACACUAUCAUAGCGGGAGCACUCAGAAAUCAAGAUUAUGGUGCUGUCUUUGAGCUUUUCUAUGAAAUGUGUGGUGGGUCUCAGAAACCUGAUAGCUAUACAUAUUCCAGUGUUUUGGCUGCGUGUGCUUCGCUUGAGAAGCUUAGGAUUGGAAAAGCGGUUCAAGCUCGGGUGAUCAAAUGCGGAGCGGAAGAUGCGUUUGUUUGUACUGCAAUUGUUGAUGUGUAUGCCAAAUGUGGACAUAUGGCUGAAGCUAGGGAAGUAUUCUCCCGUAUCCCCAACCCUAGUGUUGUCUCUUGGACAGUAAUGCUGUCUGGUUGCACAAAGAGUAACGAUGCUUUCGCUGCUCUUGAAAUAUUCAAUGAAAUGAGACGUUCAGGUGUUGAAAUCAACAGCUGUACUGUAACAAGUGUGAUUGCUGCUUGUGGUAGACCUUCGAUGAUCUAUGAAGCAGGCCAGGUCCAUGCUUGGGUCUUAAAGAGUGGUUUCUAUCUCGAGUCUUCAGUGGCUGCCUCAUUGAUUAGUAUGUACUCGAAGAGUGGCGAUAUUCAUCUCUCUGAACAGGUUUUUGAGGAUCUGGACGAUGUUCAGAGGCCAAAUGUCGUAAAUGUAAUGGUAUCUUCAUUCUCGCAAAAUAAGAAGCCUGGCAAAGCAAUAAGACUCUAUAUUAGAAUGCUUCAGGAGGGUUUGAGACCCGAUGAGUUUAGUAUUCACAGUUACACCCUCAAAACUGGAUUGGUCCUUGAUCUCACCGUUGGAAGUUCUCUUUUCACAAUGUACUCCAAAUGUGGUAGUUUGGAAGAAUCUUUUAGUUUGUUCCGGGAGAUACCUGUUAAAGACAAUGCUUGCUGGGCUUCCAUGAUUUCUGGUUACAAUGAGUACGGUUAUCUAAAAGAAGCUAUUGGGCUAUUCGGCGAGAUGUUGGCUGAUGGGACUAGUCCUGAUGAGAGUACUCUAGCUGCUGUUCUAACUGUGUGUGCUUCCCUUCCUUCUCUGCCUAGAAGUAAAGAAAUACAUGGGUACGCGUUAAGAGCUGGAAUUGACAAAGGGAUGCCUCUUGGUUCUGCGCUAGUAAACACGUAUUCAAAGUGUGGCUCACUAAAGUUGGCUAGACAGGUCUAUGAUAGGCUCCCUGAAUUGGAUCCAGUGUCAUGUUCAUCUUUAAUUUCAGGAUAUUCACAACAUGGGUUAAUACAGGAUGCCUUCCUCCUAUUCCGUGAUAUGGUUAUGUCUGAUGCUCGUGUAUAUAAAUAUGUGAAGCCUCCAUCGUCUCUUGCUCAGAAUUAG